CCCGCCUCCUCUGCUGUAGUAUUUUCAGUUGGAGACCGGUACGGCAUCGGGAAUUCCAUUCGCGAGGCAACAAAGACAAGGAUGAACAGCGAAGCUACCGGUACCCACCGCUGCCGGCAUCGCAGACAGCAACGCCCAUUGCUACAAGCAAGCACGAGGGCCAGCGCGUUCGGGUUCUGGUGCGUCGCGCUUUGUGUCUGUGUCUGUAUCUGUAGCAGAAGCGGGAACAAUCGCCACGGAAUGGUUGUGACCGGGUUCUCGUCAGGGAGAGCGACAUCCUGGCACGCGGGAUCGACCGCCGAGAGAGCGAUCGGCGGAUUUCACGGCAAAACGAAUCGCAACGUCGCCGGUUCCCCCGGUUCCCCGCUGCGCUCCGCUUCCGGGCGGGACGGCGGGAGGGAUGCUCCUCCCGCCCCCCACCGAAACCACCUCGACGCGAUCCGCCGCGACGAAAAGGCGCUGAAACACCGCUUCUUUGCCCUCCGGCACGGCCAGUCCCUGGCCAACGUGGCCGGUGUGAUCGCCUCCGAUCCCGACGUCGCCUGCCAAAAGUACGGCCUCUCGGAGGAGGGGAAAAAGCAGGCGAAAAAGGCCGGGGACGGGCUCGUCCGGGACUUUCUGGCCGCCCGCGCCGCCGACCCGUGCCUGCGGGGGAUCGCCGUCGUGGCCUCGGACCUCCUGCGCGCCAGGGAGACGGCCCGGUUCGCGGCGGACGCCAUUCGCUCKCACAACCGGAGGCAGGAAACCGACGAACGCGAAAGCRAAAGCAUCCCCCUGUAUUCCGGUGCCGUGGCCACCGACACRCGCCUCCGGGAACGCGGUUUUGGAGAGUGGGACGGCGGGAGCGACGCGCACUACCACGACGUUUGGAAGGACGACGCACGGGAUCCGUACCACACGAUCAGGGGCGUCGAGUCCGUGUGGAGCGUCACGGACCGGGCCACGGACUGCGUCCUGGACUGGGAGCGGAGGCUCGGGGACGAGGGCGGUGGCGGCGGUGACGGCGACGGUUACUACUGGGUGGUGUGCGUGGCCCACGGAGACGUCCUGCAGAUCCUGCAAACGGCCUUUCACGCCGACCUCGAUCCGUCGCAGCACCGAUCGAUGGAGCACCUGGAAACCGCCACGCUGAGGCCCCUCGAGCUGGCUUGACGACCGGGAUCAACCAGAACGAAGGCACCGAGCUCCCCCUUUUGGUGUUCGGCUGGCUCCGGUAGUAUGUCUGCAGCAAUCCGACAAAGGGCAAUACAGCGAGGGCUCAUGAAUAAGGAAAUCAAUCGCCAGCUACAGAUACAGAUACUUCAUGAUGGACUGCUCUCGAAUGCCACCGAUGAUCUUUGAACGAAAAAUGAAUUUCAAAUCGUCUCGAAAGUCAUACUCGUUCUGCUCUGCAGAAAGAUACGUUUGGAAAACGAGCGAACCAACUACUUGAAGAACGAUUUGAUCCCUUCCGACAUCAGUUAAGCCAUGGAACAUUGCAUUGCCUGGCCUUUCUGUUUCGUUUUUGAACUUUUACCGUGGAAUCUACGUACGCUUCUCCAAGUACGAAGUACUUCUUAACGAUAGACUAUUCAA